AUGUCAUCAGUGAAUUUGAAGAGGGCAGUGUGCUUGAGCAUUUCAGUAAUUGUCAAUCUUAUCUGCCUUGUGUUAAUAAUUUGCAGCAGGCGUAAUGAGAAGCUAAGCUGGACGAGGGAAGCAGCAACAGCAGCAGAGAAUGUUGCCUCUUUUAGUUGCUCAGGCCAUGGAAGGGCUUAUUUAGAUGGCUUAGUCACAGAUAAUGGUAGACCUAUUUGUGAGUGCAAUGCAUGCUUUACAGGCCCUGAUUGUUCUGUCUUUAUACCCAAUUGCACCGUUGAUGCAGACAGUUAUGGAAACCCAAUGUUUUUACAGCCAUUCUGGAAGCUAAAUGCAGGGAGUAGUGGCAUUAUGGUGGCUGGGUGGCACAGAAUGGGUUAUGAAUUUGAGGAUGGUUCUCUCAUCUCUAAGGAAUUGGAGAAUGUAAUCCACAAGUUGCAUGACACUGUAGGAAAUGCAAACACAUCCAACAAGUACAUAAUAUUUGGUGCUGGCUCGACUCAGCUUCUUAAUGCGGAAGUAUAUGCUCUUUCCCACACCAUCUAUUCAUCUUCACCUUCAUCACCUACCAAGGUAGUAACUUCUGCUCCUUACUACCCAGUUUACAAAGCACAAACGGAGCUUUUGGAUUCGAAGCAAUAUAAGUUUAGUGGUGAUACAUCCUGGUGGAAAAACAAAACAAGGAGUAACAACUUCAUUGAGUUCGUGACGUGUCCAAACAAUCCAGAUGGGCACCUAAACAAGGCAGUCCUUCAAGGCAAAUUCGCAAGGCAUGUUUAUGAUUUAGCUUACUAUUGGCCACAUUACACCCCAAUUCCAGCCCCUGUGGAUGAAGACCUCAUGUUAUUUACACUUUCUAAGCUCACUGGUCAUGCCGGUAGUAGAUUUGGAUGGGCCAUAGUAGACAAAGCUGUGUAUGAAAGAAUGGUCGAAUACAUAAAUUUAAACACUAAUGGUGUUCCGCGUGAAACUCAGUUGAGAGCUUUAAAGCUCUUAAAUGUUGUGCUACAAGGAGAUAGAGGAGAAACGUUUCGAUUUGCACAUACAACGAUGAAGUCUCGUUGGGAAAAGCUCACGAAUAUCUUGUCGACUUCAAAACGCUUUUCAAUGGAACAAAUCCCCUCGCAACAUUGUGCAUUUUCAAGACAAGUUAGGGCACCUUCACCAGCUUUUGCGUGGUUAAAAUGUGAAGCGGAAGAAGAUAAGGAUUGCUACAAUUUGCUGACGGCAGCAUAUAUCCUUGGUCGAAAAGGCGCUGUAUUUGGAGUAGAAAAUCGUUACGUUAGGAUUAGCGUUGUGAAUAGCCAAGAUGAUUUCAAUUUAUUGCAACAAAGACUGCAAGAUCUAGUGUGUAAAGAACGAUCCAUCAUCGAGGUUGUCACGUACGUCAUUAUGAUCAUUUUUGUUUCUUAG